AUGCGUCCCGCGUCCACGAACCCCACUGCUCUCGUCUUGAUAGACAUACAAGAAGGCUUCAAACACCCAACACAUUGGGGUAACUCACGCAGCACGCCAAUGUUCGAGCAUAACGUCGAAACAAUCCUCAAAUCGUUUCGCAAAUACAACAGCACCGUAGAGUCUUCUCAGCCAUCCGAGACACGUCCGAUCCUCAUUAUCCACGUCCACCACCAUUCCACCUCACCUACAUCAGCACUCCACCCGUCGCAUUACCUCGAGGGCUCCUCCACGCCCUCCGUCGCGCCUUUGUCAUUUGCAGCACCAUUCGCAUCGGAACCCACUUUCACCAAGAACUUCAACAGCGGCUUCGUCGGCACGGAGCUCGAGUCAACCCUGCGGUCCGCUGGGAUCCGGCAGCUCGUGCUUGUGGGGCUGACGACGGAUCAUUGCGUGAGCACCACGGCGAGGAUGGCGGCCAACCUGCAGGUCUUGGGAGAUGGAGGUGGGCCCGACGGGAACGGAGAGGGUGUACACGGCAUCGUGCUAGUUCGUGAUGCGAUCGCUACGUAUGAGAAGGGUGGAUUUGACGCCGAAACAGUGCAUGCUGUCAGUUUGGCUAGUUUGGAUGGGGAGUUUGCAGAAGUCGUCAGUGCCAACAGUCUAUUGAAGACGGUGCUGGGCCUGAAUGAAUCUUCUUCAUGA